AUGAGACCUGUGAAGGGCGACUGUAGCGUGAUACUCAAGAAGGUUUCUGUUGAUCGCGACAACACAACUUUCGAGUGCCAAGUGCCUAGCUUCAAUCAAGGAGGGUCCAAAUACAGUUCGAGUUGGCCUCGUACUUCUGUGAUUGUCAUGGUUAAGCCUAAUACUCCUCGCUUCAAAGAAGAACCGUUCCAAUCUAUUCUUGCUGGUCAGACGACUAGUUUGGUUUGCGAGUCGCUCGGAGGAAACCCGUUGCCUUCUCUCGAGUGGCAUCUCGGUAACAAGAACAUAACUGCAAGCGCUAACACCACUGUAGUUGAAAAAAGCAAAAGUGUCAUUUCUACGCUGAACUACGUCUUUGCAAAGGAGAACAAUAGAGCCUCACUGACUUGCGUAUCUGUGCACCGACUGGAAAAGCAAACCACCAAGAAAUUGCUGAACGUGACAUACCGACCUAUUGUCUCGGUGGAUAGACGUGUGUUUAACGUGCUCGAGAAUCACAAUCUGACAAUUGAGUGUCAUGUCGAUGCGAAUCCAAAGGCACCGGCAAUGUGGAAAUCUGAUACGACGACAAAUUACAAAACAGUCGACAACACGUUGAUCCUUACAGAAGUCAAAGGAAAGGCAAUGGACGAUAAAGAAUUUCAGUGCACUGCAAAGAACGUCGUUGGGGGUUCAGAAACUGUUACCGUUGUCAUAUCGGUUUCUUAUCGACCGCAUAUUGCCGUAAAAACUCCUAAAGUUCAAAGUGUUCUUGUUGGUGGUGAUGUAGAGAUGAUUUGCGAGACUAGUGGAAAUCCCAAGCCAACCAUCACUUGGACUUUUGUCGACUAUGUUUACAAUCAGCAGCACAAUCCAAGCCCCGCUGACCCAUCGAAAUUAGUCAUUCACAACGUUUCUUACCUGGACGAAGGUGAUUACUACUGCGAAGGAGAAAACAAGAUUGGGAAUGACAUCAACAAGGCUACGAGUGAAAAAAUGAUCGUUAGCGUUUCUGGAAAACCGCAGUUUUUGAGUCCUAACGAGCCUGUUAUAGGCUUUAAAAAUGAAAACACUGCUGUCGAAGCCGUUUUCUGCAGUGAUCCUCCUCCGACUCGUGUAACAUGGAUGUACGACAGUAUCCCUCAGCACGAAAUUGAGUAA